AUUACCUAACUUUCGCACACAAAGACUAACUGCUCAUUAACUAUAUACUGUUGGGGAAAUAGGCAAAAAUAUUCGAGAAACAUGUUCGAUAUGUGCAUAUUAAAAAUUGUGGUUUUGAUGGUUGCCGUUAAAAGUAUUCUUGGUGUAGAUGAUAGCCUGCUCUUCACAGUAACCAGGGCACCUCGAUACUUCGGAAUCCUUCAGGAUCAUAGGGGACAGCCGCUCUCCGUUGAAAUUUCGGAAGAAUAUAUGGACCAAGACUACAUUGCUACAAACAGGAAGCGGCAUAAAAUCGAUUGGCAUAAGAAUCCUUUGGACAUGGAUGACUUUGAUGAUGAUGAAACAGAGGAAGUAUUUGACGAUAAAGACAAAGAUGUAAAGAUACCUAACAAAUUCAAUUUACAAGCCGGUCCAGUAUAAACAUGUUUAACAACUAAUAAACAAUAAAAAUAAAAA